AGUAGAGGGUGUGCCUACCGAGAUGAAAGCAGACAAAUUAGUCGACAACAAGGAAGGGGGAAAAAGAAAUGACAGAAAAUAAGUCAUUUAUGAAAGCGUCCUUCCUGGGAGACGUCAGGUGUUUGGGUCAGAAAUGGAUCAGUUUAUUUGCUAUUUCUUUCUGUUGCUGUCUGUAGUGCUGGUUAAUGCGCAAUUCACCGGAGAUGUUCCAGGGAACGACGAAACAGAUACUACUGCCAGCAGUCAAGGCGGCAUUAGCAGAGAUACUACUGCCAUCAGUCGAGAUACGACUGCCAGCAGCCAAGGUGACAACGAAACAGAUACUCCUGCCAGCACUCAAGGCGGCAUCAGCGGAGAUACGACUGCCAGCAGUCGAGAUAUGACUACCAGCAGCCAAGGCGAUGACAGCACAGAUACGACUGCCAGCAGCCGAGACGAUGGCAUCACAGAUACUACUGUCAGCAGCCAAGGCGAUGACAGCACAGAUACACCUGCCAGCAACCAAGACGAUGACAGCACAGGUAACUUCCCAGCGUUGUCCAUUCAUAAAUACAAAUGGCAAAAAUAACAUUUUUUUCUCUUUUCUUUGCU